UUCUAUUCUUACCGAAAUAUAUAAUCUUAAGUGGAUAAUAUGAACAUUGAUUUUAUUAGUUAUCCCAUGUUAUGUACGAAACAAAAAAAUUGAGGAACCUUUUCUUACAGAAGAAUUGGAAUGGUUAGAAAAAAUAGGGAACUUGGGGCCUUUUAGAUUCAUUAAAAUUCAUUAACGUUAGUUAAUUAGUAAUAAUGUGAUCGGUAAUUCUUUUAUUAAUUUAAGUGACAAAAAUAUCUCUCCUAAAAUUACUCAGAUCGCUGGAAAUUUUGAACGAAGUGUGUUCUGAUGGAGAACCUCAGGCCUGGCUGAAUUCCAGGGUGUAAUGAUCUUUUGCUCUUCAUAAUAUAAUGAUUAUCUUUUGUCAACAAAAAAAAAGAUGGAGAACCUCCAUAUAUAAGUGGAAGGACCCUAUCUAUUUACGAUCUAUCUAUGACAAAAAAAAAAUCGGAAAGAAAGUAUAAAGACAUAAGAUAUAGACUCGACAUGAGAUAUAGACUCAAAUAGUGUACGUUAAUCCGUAUACAACCAGAUUCAGGGUUGAUUAUGAGAUUUUGGGAAUUGGGACCUUGUUAUGUAAAAAUGUGGCCCAAAUUAUUUUUCCUGAAAAUAUAAACAAAUCAUCAAUGAAAUCAUGACAUUAUUUAAAAAUGAUAUCUAUCUAAUAUGAUUUGAAAUAAAGAGUGACAAUCGUUUAAAUAGUAAGUUGUUAUAAAAAAUCAAUUACUUUAGAGAAUGAAUAAAAAAAUCAAAAUCAAAGAAUCAAAACAAUAACUAAAUUGAUAAAUUAAUUAACUAGACUCACCUGAAUAUGUAAUUAGAACUUAAUUGAGUAGAAGAUGAAAUAAUUUUAGAAGUAUCAAAUAGUAUAAACAAAUAAUAGAGUAAAAUAAAUUGGACAGGAGAAACUGAUAAUUUUUUUAGUCUACAAACUAUUUAUAAUUUGAUUUAGUUAUGUUUUAUUUUCUACUAUUGGUGGCUUGUACCUAAUUAUUUUGGUUAAAGUUUAAUAAAUCAAUGCGGAUAUUUAAAUAAUUUAGCAUUGCUGUGUUGCUAUUACAAGCAGAUUAAUUGGCGAGAAUGAAUUAUUUUCCCCUUUGGAAAGCUGAAAAAUAAUGAAAGUUCAAGAAACAAAUUUAGUAAUGCUAAUAAUGAGACAUCAACAAUAUUACCUCUUUUAUUCUAUUUAGGGGACACACAACAAAAAAUGAGUUCUGUUAUAUGUUUUGAAAAAAGUCUAAUAAGAAAUCAAGUAUUCCCCUCGGGGUCAGAAGAGCAGGUUUUCCUCCUGAUCAUCAACUCAACUUUCAUGUCUUUGUAGUGAAUGAAUUCGUGACUAUGGAAGGAAGAUGGUGUAAGUUCUUAUAGGAAGAACAAUCAUAGGGUCGCUAAAACACAUUAGAAGCAAUCAUAGCACAAAUUAAAGAUAUUAUGACAAUAAUGAUAGGAAAUGUAUGCACUUUGGAUCAUAAUACGAGGAUCUAGAAUAGAUAAUUAUACGUGUCAUCAGUAUUGCAGGAUUUAAACUCGAGAAAGCCAUAACAAUCCAUACAAGGAUAUACCAAAGAGAAGGAGCAUUACUCGAAGAAACGUGGGCUUCCUAUAUCUAUUCGCGUACUUUAGGACAAAUGCUUCAAAUAUCAAGGCAAGGAACAUCAAUCCUACACUUCAUUACUAUGAACAAAGGAUUCAUGUCAACGAAAUAGUAAGAGAUGCAUAUAGAAGAUUUGAUGCUACUAAGAGUGACUUGUGGAGAUUACCCCACUAUAGAGGACAUGGAGCAAGCUUUCAAAGUUCUUGAUGCAAGAGGCAAGAUCAAUUCAGAACCUCCUACGAGCAUCGAUGCUAGCAUCAAUGAUAAAGAACCAAAGCAACUGCAAGAAGAUGUUCAAAUCAUCAAGGAACAUCCUGAAGCCAAUAAAGGACAGUCCAUUGAGAUGCAUGAAGUAUUUGGAGAGAUCAUCAGCCACGAAGGGCUUAUGGAGCAUGAAUAAUUCAUGGACCGUAGGGAGGAGAAAGAUCAUAUCAAGGCCUACCCAUUUGACGAAGAAGAAGAUGGAGAGAUCGUAGACCAUGGAGAGGAGGGCCAUAAUGAGGUUAACGAAUUUGAUGACGAAGAAGGUGGGUUUAUAACUCAAUCUUUAGAAGAAGGCAAGAGACCCCCUAGGAAUAUGUGAAGGAUGAAAGAAUCUACUCACAACAUGAUGAAAUCAUCAUACCAAUAAUGGAAUCCAUGAUCGAGAAUCUUUAACCUAUCCAAAGAUGAAGAAUGAUCAACCUAGCGAGGAACCUCAACAGGAAGAUCAUCUAAGGGCCAACGAAUAAGAAGAUGAUCUUACAAAUGAAUCUUAGGAAGGAGAGGACGAGAUACCACCCCUAGAAGUAGCAAUGGAGGAAGAAGGAUGCAACAAAAGAAGUUACACGAAUCCAAACUUUCAUGGAAUCAUGGGAAGAUGUCAAAGGCUUUACACUCGUCGAGGGCUUCCAACACGUCCUACGCCUUCUUCAAUCUUCAUCUUAGAGUUAUCCACCUACCAAAGCAUAAACAACCAUUGGAGAC